ACAAUCAACAACUCAAUCAAUCAAGUUAUCAUCGUAAUUGUGACAAAAACAAUCAACAAAAUUUACUAAAAAUUUGGAUAAACAUAAUUGGUGAAAAUGUUUAUUUCUAGUGUUCUAAUAGCGGUCAUUUUAUCAUCGAGUGUCUCAGGUCAACCUGCGAUUGUACCUCGAAGUCAAACUUAUCAAGGACGUGAUACCGACGGAACUUAUUCCUUUGGUUAUACUGUUCACGAACCAAGUGGUUCAACUAAAUUCCGACAAGAAUCUGGGGACGGAGCGGGUAAUCGACAAGGUUCAUAUGGCCUGGAGGAGAAGGACAGUCAACGGAUUGUAUUUAAUUACGCAACUAAACCUAAAUCAAGUACACAGUUUAUUAGUCAUCCUGUUCCAUUAACUACUCAGCAACAUGAUCAUCAAGGUCCACCUUUAUCUCCCCCACCACCACCACCGCCUCAUCAUCAUCAGCCAACACCAUUGAUAACACCAUCACAAUCAACCGUUUCUGCUUCACCUUCAGGACCACGAGGUGGUCAUGGUGGUGGACCAAUUGAUGGAUCCUCGGUAGAUGUUGGUUUUUCACCUUCGUUUGAACCUCGAGGCCAUGAAAUGGACGAUGAUACAAGGUUCAAUAAUCCCGCUUUCGAUGAUGAUUUUGACUUUGACGGACGAGGUAAAAGUUACGCUGGUGGGGAACCCAAAAUGAGACAAAAUUCAAACACUCAUUGGGAUGGCGGGGAAUCCAUGGGAAUGGGUGUUGGAGCAGCAACUGGUCCAGGGAACGGCGCUGGUGGGGCCAAUGGCGGGGCAGCGAGUGAUCCUGGCCCUUGGAAUAAGCAAAUGCAUGCAAGUGAACACAAUGGUCAUCAUCAUCCUCAUCAUCCUCAUCCUCAUCAACCUAACGGUGAAACAGAUCAUCAUCAUCAUAAUCAUAACAAUCACAAUAAUCAUCGUAAUCAUAAUCAACAUCAUCAUUCACCUUCUCAUCAUCAGGGUGGUGAAGAUACUUUUGGAAUCAAUGAAUCUUCAGAAAUGAACAAUGAACCUGCGAGUUAUGAUCAAUUAGUUGCUUAUCUUGCUGCUAAUCAACAACGAUCAGCUGGUCCACCACACUCAAGAUCACCGAUGAGACCUGAAGAUUUUGCAUAUAAAUCAAGGUGAAUUAACUGAAUCGAGAUCAAUUGAUGACAAUCAAAUUAAAAGAAAAAGCCAAUCGAUUUUCAUUAACGUGUCAACAAUUAAAA